AGCCACAGAAAUAGGGAAGUGUGGCAUUUCUGAGAGUUGGACUGCCAGACAACACGUUUAUUUUGUUACAUUUAAAUAUUACACAUUACAGCAAUGUCAAAACAUAUGGUCGGGGGGACAUGCGAGGUGAAGGACGCCACUCCAGAGGUGCAGAAGAUCUGUGAUGAGGUGAAGCCACAAGCAGAAGAAAAAGCUGGAAAGAUGUUUGAUGUUUUCACUGCCAAGUCUUUCACCACACAGGUUGUGGCAGGGACAAACUAUUUUAUUAAGGUCCAAGUCGGAGGGGAUGAAUUCAUUCAUCUGAAAGUUCAUAAAUCUCUCCCUCACAGUGGAGGAAAACUAGAGCUGAGUGGAAUUCAGACCUCUAAAGCGCACCAUGACCCCAUUGGAUUUUUCUAAUCAAACACAGAAAUAAUCCAUCUUAUCUUCUAAUGGUUUCUCACAUUCUCUCUCACCCUAAACAAGUUACUCAGCGAUUAAUGUUACAGCAUUUUUAUUCAAAUCUACAUCAUUAAAGCAAAGCCAAUAUUCAGCCAUUCCAGUGCCUGUAUAUUUGAAUUUUAUAUGAUCCACACAGCAUGCCAUGGUUUUCCUCACUGCAAUAAAAAUAUAAAUAAAUGUAUUGUGAUGAAAUAAUUACUCAUAGAUAUUCCUCAUCAUUCCAAAUCUGUUUUUAUAAAAGAAAAUGCUACUUUUAAAAUAAAGGGAAAUUUCAUAUUUAAAA